AAGAAAGAAACACUCGUUUUUGUCCCUCCCGCCAUUGCCCCAAGCUAACUUUCGCUAGUACAAUUCUCUGAACAAAAGUUCCAUUCCUCUAUAGUUUCUCUGUAAGUAUAUUUCUUCUGCGGAACUUUUUAAUUGCGCCUCUUGAUUUUCUCAUCUUCGUGUUGCUUCUACCGCUGUCUGCUCUUCUUUUUGAUGAAUUUUCGUCAUCUGUGUGGCUAUCUCACAGAUAUUUUACGCACAACAGGCGAUGGCUACCGAAGAAGACUCCUUCGAACAAGUUGCUGCAGCACGUAAGGAGAGAUUGAAAGCUCUUAGAGCUGCUCAGGAAUUGUUAAACGCUUCAGAUGAGAAAAAUUCUGUAGGAGAGGAUAAAGAGAAUGGUGCUACUGCAGAUACUGAUGAAACUAAUCUUAAUAUGAAAUUUCGAAACUAUGUUCCUCAUGAUAAGGAGCUUCAGGAGGGCAAGCUUGCCCCACCUGUAUUGCCUAAAUUUGAGGACCCUGUUACUACUGAACCUCCACAACAAAAAGAGGACCCAUUUGUAAACAUUGCUCCAAAGAAACCAAACUGGGACCUUAGAAGGGAUGUGCAGAAGAAGCUUGAUAAGCUUGAAAGACGUACACAGAAAGCAUUAUAUAAGCUUAUGGAGGAACAAGAAAAGCAAAAGCAGGCAGCUGAAGGAGACGAUGACCAAAAUGGUGCAGAGUGAUAGUUUGGCACACAAAUUAUGUGCUCUCCGAUGUUACAGUUGCAGCAAUAUUCACAACUAUAUCGACAUGCUUGGAGAAAAAUUGUCACUAAAAGGACAAUGGCGUUUCUGGCUCGUAGGGUCAGUUUUUCUGUGACCUUUCUGAUCAUUCUUGGGUGCAAAUAUUUUGAUUUAUAGUUUAUCUAUGGUGUGGCUCAUUGUGUGUUCCUUGACCAUUACAUCCAAUAGUCUCAUACUGGAUAUAGUGGAUAGUGAUUUGUAAUUUACCUAAACUAAAAAUAACUUUGUAUUUCACUUUUAUCUUCUACAUUGUUGUUUUUCUUCUUCUUCA